AUGCCAAGUACAGCAUGCGCUUUGUUUGUGAUCGUUAGCGUUUUGCUAAACGUUCUCGCCGUCAAGAGCGUAAACAUCUCUGCAGGAAACUCGCAAAAGCCUCGAUCGAAUUUCUUUGCUGGCUAUGGAGCUCCACCUCAAGCUGCCUACGGUCAGGUCGCGUCUGUUCAUUCUCUACCACACGGUUACUCUCCUCAAGUUGGCCUCGAGGUGACUGCUUCACCGCCCGCUGUUUAUUCGCAACAUCAUUCGAAAAAUCCCGCAGGCGGUAAAUUCGAAAUGACAAAUCCCUUCCAGACCAACACGAUCAAUGUCCUCAUGGCUACAGUAGCCGAUGGAUGCGGUGGCAGGAUCCAGCAAGCGGGAUGUGAGCCGUCACCAACGAAUGUCGAAAGCCCUGUUGAAACGAAUGUUGAGUCGACCCGGCCAGUGGAAGAACCGAAAUACUACGGUAGUCAGCACUAUGGUUCGAGCCCAUAUGCUGGGCAUGUUCCUCAACAGAACAUCCAACCUUCUCAGGCAAAGCCAUCCGUGGUAUCGAUGCAGAUUUUUCCGGCGACCGAACAGCAGUAUACGGCCAUGAAACCGCACCAGCCGCAG